ACAGUCGCGAUCGAGUCGCGGUUUCGCGAAGACGCUCCCCAUAAGACCAAGUCUCCCUGCUGCAGCUUCAUCAUACAUUUCUUAGCUUUUUUCUUGUGAAAUUAAUCAACAAAAAAAAACAACGAUUCGAUUAAUUGCUAAAAGUGUAACAAAAAAUAGAAACUUACUUUUUUUUUAAUAUUAAAAAGAAAAUAGUUUUUAAGGUGAUCUUCUGAGUGCCAUGAUCGCUAAGAGAAAGGAAAUUCUAAGUACAGAAUAGAUUGUGAAGAAAAAAAUCUCACUUCUCUUGGCAAUUUUUUUUUGCUUCUUCCCAAGAGUGAUCUUGCGGUGAUCUUUCGGUGAACUUUGAAUGUGAUCUUUUGGGAUUUAAGUUGGUGGAUUUUCUGUGUGUGCGCAUUUGGAAAAAGUGAAUGGUCAAGCUGGGAUUUUUUUUUUCCAAUAUUGCUAAAGCUUCCUUCUAAAACACUGCACAGUGCGCGCGAUCGGCAAAGUGAACCUCAUUUAAAAGUCUCCCCAAUAAGAUCGUGGCAUUCAGUAAGGAGAGUGAGAGACCCACUAGAGGCCACAACAAUUUAAUCAAAAAAAAUAUCAGUUGCGAAAUAACUCAUUUGGCACUUCCACCAACUUGGACGUGUUUUGUGUGUCUCAUUCACCCAACGACAAAAUAAUAUAAUACAAAAAAACGAACAAAUUGUGAACUAAAUUGCUAUUAAGACACGGCUCUAAAAACUUCUCUACUGAUUUUUUUUUAAAAAAAUUAAUUUACUCCUUUAAAAAACAACGACAUAGAAUAAUAUGCAAAAAGGAUCUCAAGUGUGGAAUUUGGCGCCAAAAUUGAAAAGAAAAACGUGUUGAAUGUGCAAAGUCUGUGAUUAUAUUCCUUUAAGCCAAGGAGAGGAUUAGACAAGUGCAAAGAAAAAAAAACCAAGGAUGGAUGUUACAAUUCAACGGACUGACUCACAGAGAUCUCAGAGUAAUGGAAAUGGACCGAGGGUCUCCUUCAAUCGUGACGUUCAUGUCAAGAGAAUCGGUUCGCGACAAUCUCCAGCGGAUUCUCAUCACCAAGAGACCCCUCCUCGCUCCGUGACUCCACCAGUACGACGUGAACUACCCAGAGACCUAACUGAGGAAGGAAUCCUCGCUGAAGCAGCUCGUGUUUUGGCACAAGCUGAAAGUAUAAAGUGUACAGCACAAGGUGGAUCAGAUAUUGUGGGUGGUCGCGUUAGUAGCAAAUCCCGUGGCCCUAUAGAGCCUAUUCGAAAGUUCCCAGAAUCCCAAUUUAACUCCCUACCAUUGCGAGGGAAGAAGAAGAUUAAGGCUCCCGUGACACGAAGUGUUAGCGACGCAUCGGCCAAAAAGAGCAAAAAACCGUCAAUCUUUUCCCUUUUUGGCGGUCGUAGGGAUUCAGGAUCAGACGAAAAUACUGGGAAGCGUGUAACUCGUAGUAAGAGUGAUGUGGGUACUGCACGAGAUCGGAACACACAACCUGUUCGUAAAAGGAACAACAGUGAGAAUGAUGAAGGUGUAAAUGCAAAGAAGAAAGCCCCACCGUUGAGCCCAAUAAUCGAGAGCAGCCACAGGGAAGACUACUUUGGAAAAGGUCAUGAAGCACGAGGACCUGUUAAGCUUGAGGAUUUGAACGUACAACCAACAAAGGCUGUAUCAAGCAAUAUUAAGGAAGCCAUUACGAAUCUCGUAACGACCCAGGCUAAAUCCACUGAAGAGAUGCACAGUUCGCAGCAGCCAGCUGAGAGGCCACCGCUCACGAAGGGGCUCACCGUGGACGGGAUGGUGAAGAGACUCUCAAUGGAACGCUUUUCACCACCACCUCAGCUAACUGGGCCUGCAUUCUCCUACACCCGUCCCAAGGAGCAAAUCAUCUACGCUCAAGUGGUUUGCGAUGGCGAUAAGGCCAAACAGACUGUCCACUACGCACCUAGUCACCUCAAUGGCUUCCAUUCGGACACCAACGGUAGGCGCAAUGGUCGCCCUAGUCAAUCCCCAUCACCGUACCGUGAUGACAAGAGUCCUCUUCACAUAAACGGUGAUCGACUGCAAAGAAAGGAAACACCAAGAGUCAAUAGCGACGAAGACGAGGGUCUUGGUUUUGAGAUCAAGAGGCCAUAUGAAGAAGAUUUCCGAACGCUAGUCGAUGAGGGGCCAAUUACACCCAAAAUCCGCGAUGUUCCUCCCGAGAAAUACUACUUGGGAGAUCGAACGCCUGCUUUCCAAGACCUAAGUCAACGACGACAGAACUUGCAGUCAAGGAUCAACAAUCGCCUCUUCGGCUCGAAGGAACUUCUCGAAGAUACAAGUCCCGAAAGGGAUGUAUUUGCAAGGAAUGGACAUCAAAAUGUAUUUGAGGAGUCUCGGUAUCAACGCAGCAAAUCUCAUGACAUCGAUCAUGUGGAUAAUGCAAAACGAUUCCAUAAGUUUGGUUCACAGGAGGUGGUUAACCGGUAUUCACCGGAUCGUUCGCACUUGGAUAUGACGCAAACACCAUCCAAUGGGCGCAUCACGUCGAAGUAUGUGGAAGAAUCUAGGUACUACCACGAUGGACGCGAUGGCUACCGCGAGACAUAUCGCAGGGAAACCAACAUAGGUCCCGAUGGACGACCCAGAACAUCGGAAUCCAGAUCAAAAGAACGCCUCAAUUCCCCAAAGAGGGGUGCGAAGGAGAUUGAUUUGGGCUACAUUGAGGAUCAUCGAAACUUCGAUGUAGGCCACCUUGAACCCAAUACAAGCUACUUUCAGGAGAAGUAUCGCAACGACUUGCAUCAACCGAGAAGUUUGGAAUCAACUACGAGUGGAGAUGUUACGAGAUCGAGUCCUGAUCAGGCAUUUAGGCAGCAUUUGAAGAGUACACACCUAGCAAAUGGCUAUAGGCAUGAAUCGGUAGAUUCAUAUCAGAACUCACUAAAACGGCAGCAGAAGCAUCAGCGGAGCUUCGACAAAGGCGACUCAGGAAUUGAGAAUGACUACAGGAAGGAUUCUUUCAAUGGAGAUCUACAAACAAGAUGGAGACGUCGAACUGUGAAUGAUGACAUUAAAGCCUGCGAGAUGUUUUUAAGGAAGGAACGACGUCACACAGAAGACAACCAUCCAGUAAGGAGACGUCUAACCUACGCAUACAGGGAGCGAAGUAUCGAUGACGGCAGCCAUUUUGAUCCACGCCUGGAUAAGUAUCCAGAUGGAACGACGCGAAAAUCUCGCGAUAGUCGCGAAAAGAGCGUGGAAAAAUCAGGGAAAGUUGAAAAGAAAAAGAGUGGACUCGAGAAGGUGAAACAACUACUGACGGGUUCUGGGAAAAAGAAGAGCACCAAGGAGGAAAAGGCCAAGGAGAAGUACAUGGUGAAGGAGGAAGAAAUGAGGGCUCGCUACAGCGAAUAUCGUGGUCCGACUGAAGGCCCCAAGAUUCAGGAUAUUGCAACGAGAAGACGUCUCUCAACACCGAAAGCUAGUCCCGUCCCGCGAAGGACAUCAUCCCAAAAGAGUACCAGCAAGAGUUCGUCGAAUCUGUCGCAGCAGGAAAAUACGCCAUCGCAGAAAUUGAGCUGGUUCAAGUCCCUUGAUCGUCUUUCGCGGAAGAAUAAAGUCACAACAAGCCGGAAGACGGCGAGCGAUGAUGACUUCUCCAGCAUUCAGUCACCCAGGCCACGUCCGCUAAGUCCACGUCAGGAGAAUCAGGCUCCCACGAAAAAUCUUCGUUUCUUCGGUGAUACAGAUCUCGAGUCCAAUGCGAGUAUCUCCAAAGGAGCCCUCAAGAGCAAAUCUCGCCAUCCUUUAUCAUCUGCUCUCAAUCGUGGACAGAAGAAGUACUCAAGGAGUGCUUACGAUCUUGAUACCAUAUCUAAAGGAACGAAGAUUACAUCUGCAAGCAAAGCACGCAGUUCCUCCCUACAACAUCUCGAGGAUGGUUUCCUCUUUAAUGGAAGAACGAAAACACAGUCGAGGGACCUUCAUGAUAUCUCUGAAAGUGCAUCCGACAACGAAAACAGACCAAUUAGGCACGCAUCCAGGAGUGUCCCCGCGAAACCAUCGCGAGGACGUCACUCAUCGGAAUCCACGGGAACGUCCAUCAUCAAGUCCACUACGCUCAAUCGACGUACACCAAAUGGCGUAGCUGUUAAUUCGUCACACGAUGAGGACGUUGAGAGUGAGAUACCGUUCCAGCGGAAGCGUCACUACUUCGAGGAGGUGAGCAGGCGUCAUGAGUCACCAGCUAGGACUCAUCCAACGCUCAGGAGGGAACUCUCAUUUGGUGGCACCGGCUCCAACGAUUACAGGAAGCCACCACCGGGACCACAAAAGCCUGCGCGGUUAUUCGAAAAGCGACGCGCUUACUCCAGGGAACGAGAAAGACUGCACGAUAGCUCCGGCACUGAAGGCGAUUCAAGUCAGCAAAGCCAAAGAAGCGUAGUUUACUUGCACGCCACUACUGUUGGUGACAUUCCACAGCCUAUGCGACGUCGAGCUGCAUCCAGAGAUGAUUUAAGCUCCAAUAAGUCCAAAGGCCAACGUCCCAUGACACGUACUGUCUCACGGUCUGUCUCAGUUCUAGCCCCGUGGAAGCCCAAACAUCUCCAUGAAGGCUACGAAAUUAACUAUUCACAGACACAAGAGAAGCCAAGAAAAUUCUACCAUCAGGAAAGAAAGUCUCCAGCCGCCUCGUCAACGUUGAACACCAAGAGGGAUACAACGACACUAACGCGGUACAAGAAGGCAACACCCCGAGAUGAAAUGUCCUCGGACAAGAGUUCGUCCUUCAAGAGUUCCUCCAAUUUGGGUUUCUUCACACAAUCCCGACAGGCAAGGAAUCACAAACGAGACUCAGAACCACGUAAUCUCUCUGAAAUCUCCCUAACACGUCGUCGGGAUACCCCAGAAAGAUUCCCAGCAACACGAAGACGUUGGAAUGAUUGAAAAGAAAAAAAAACUUCCUUUCUUGGAUUUUGUGAGAUGGUGCUAACUUUUUAACAAUUUUUUUCAAUAUAUAUUUUUUUCACAUUCACGGCUCGACUGUAGAUAGAGAUUGAGAUUCUAAAUAUGAACAAGAAAUUAACCAGGAGAUGAAGUAUAUAAAAAAAACUAAUAACAUUCCUAAAAUGCAUUAUGUAUCCCUUUCUUUGUAAUUUCUUUGACAUUCAGUGUAACAAAAUAUCGUGAGAAAUAUUUUUUUAUUGUACUAUUUUGCAACAAUUUGCCAUUUAUACGCUCAACUUGUAAUACAAAUAUUUUAUUAAAAAAAAAAAGAAACAUUAAUAAAUAAUUUUAUUGGACACUA